AUGUCGGACAAGCAGUUGCCGAGGGACUUGAAGGAUGCUCUUAGUAUCACACCUUUAAUACACUUAAUACCCAAACAGAAUAUAUUCCCACUACUUAGUUGUGCAUCACUUUCUCCCACAAUAGAUGACAGUCAAUUGAUAUAUCAGGGAACACAACAAAAGAAAUCCGACUCUGAGACGGAAGCAAUGUAUGAACGAAUUGCGAACGAACUACUUGAAUGUGAUGAUGAACAAGUUGAAAAUGAGUUAAAGCGAAUCAAAUUCAUGAGAUAUCCUACAAAUCCGGAGGAACCCCAAACUUCAGGAAUUAGAGAACAUCUAAAACCCUACGAACAGAAGCUAUUUGACAGUAUAGUCUUUGAUGAGACAUCCUAUUCUGAUCUGUCUAUUCUGAAAGUUGAAUCCUCAAGAUUGUCAGUUAGAAAGAGAUAUCAUGUAGACGAUGAGGAAUCCAUGCGACGUCAUAACAAGAAAUAUCUUACAAAAUUUAACAAUGAGAAAUUGGGAAAUACCCCUGCUCGCAAAUCUAGUCGCAAAAGACAUCAACGAGGAGUCAAUGAAGACCCUGGUGAGAACAGAAAACUAGUGAAAUUUUCGGAUACGGAGCUUCGACAAAGGGCAGUAACAAGUUUGCGAUUACACAUUAGUCGAUUCAUGUGUCCUGAUGAAGAAGGAUUAGAUAAUUCAGAGAUCACAGUUGAAAUUCUUGAACUUGUUCUUGACUCAACAGCAAGAUGUCUUUAUCAAGAAACGGAUUUGGAUGUCAGUGAAUUUUCCAAUCUUCAGAAAAUCUGCCAUAGGCUGUUAGCUGAUUCUAUCGAAAAGUUUGAUGUUCAUCUCACCAUAUCAGAGAUAAAGGAUGUCUUUUCAGUAGCCGAUGAGUUCUUGAAGUGUGCCUUGUAUUCACGCAUUCUUCUCUUGAUAAUGAAUGGUCCUUCUCAAGAUAAAGUGUUAUUUGUUGAUGCCUACUUAAAUCUGAUUGUUGAAUUCUUAAAUAUUUUCGUGGAGAGUUUAUUGUUUCCGAUAUCAGCAUUACAGAUACCAGGAGGGGAUGAAGAUAUCCCAGCCAAGCGACAGAGUUUGAAUAAAUUGUUCUCGGAAGUCGGGCAAUUUGUUAAACAACUAGGACAUCUUAAUUCGAAAGCCAAGCUAGAGCACCAAGUGCUUACAAAAAUUGAAAUACUAGCAAAUCAAAUAAUUUUCGAAGAUAGAUACCUGGAUGACAAAAGUUCCCUUCUCCGAAUUCUUCCGAUAGAUCCAUUAAAAAUAUCUGUAUCAUUGAGUAUCAUUGAAGUGUUUAAAACUUGUUCCGAGGAGAGAUCAUAUUUAAUUGAAGAGGUAUUUAAUAAUUUUUUCACCAUAUCUACAAAUAAGGUUGUUGCAAGACAAUUUAAAGUUGAAAGGGGAUUUAGUAUACACUUGUACACAUUAUUAUUGGGAAAGUUUGUUCAAUGCAUAGAAUCCGAAGACGGCAAAGAACAAAUGGAGUCUGAAUCAAGAAACGCCAAGGACACAGUAGAUCAAUUGGUCCACAAGUUAUUAUGUUCAAUUGCAGAUAGAUUUAGUUCCGCAAACAGAGGACUACUUCAUGUUGUAGUGGAAGAUUUACUUAUGCUUUUGCCGUUUCCGGAGUGGUCAAGCACUGAAUUACUUUUGAGAUCUUUAGCUGAGCAAUUGAUUCGAAUCCUUCUGAACCAUGAUAACAAUCCUUCGCUUGAAGGGUACUAUCUAGAUAUUAUGGGUUCCAUUUGUGAGAAGGUCUUCUGUUUGAAGCCAGAUGUUACAUUAUCAAUUGACCCGGAAGGAAUACUGCACAUCCUUUCUGAUUUCGACAGUAUUAAAUUUGACAAAGAGGAUUCACUUAAAUGCUUUAUUAUAAAAUUGAAGAAUUGGAAAGAAGCAGCACAAAGUAAGGAGAAUAUUGAAGAUAUAAAUAUAGAUGAAUUGGUUGCCGCUGAUCGAAAUCCAAAUGAUAUCUCCAAACAUGCUAUUCACAAGUUGUACCUUUCGCUCAUCUUAGAUCCUUCUUUAAACAAGAUCGUUGAAUCAUUUGUAUCUGCUCUAGGAAUAUUCUUGGAGAGUCCAAAAAUCAAAGUUAAAACCAAGGCAAUAAAGAUCCUCGCAUCCCUUUCAGAAGUGUCUCCUACUAUACUUAGAACCAAGCUGAUUCAAGAUUCAUUAAGUGCAAGGUUAUUAGACAGUUCGACCCUGGUUCGAGACGCAGUAUUUGAUUUUGUUGGUAUGUACGUCCAGAAGCAUCCCGAUGAAGCUGAUAGCUUCAAAACUCCUUUACGUAGUGCAUUAAACGAUGAUGGGGUUCUGGUACGAAAAAAGGCCAUAAAAUUGUCAAAAGUUCUUUAUCCCAUGUUCAAGGCAACCGCUUCGAAAGUUGAUAUCGGGUCCAGGUUACUUAGAAGGUUAACAGAUGAAGAAGACACAGUAAAAAAUCUUGCUGCCAAUGCCUUGCUUGAAUUGUGGUUUCUUCCUCUAGCUCUGACGAAUAUCAACAAGAGCCAUUGUGAGGACGUAGUGAAAGUGAUUGUUGACCUUUCUGGAUCAGGCCCAAAGUGUUUGAAAUCUGUUGAAUCCUUUUUGGAACGAUAUGUUUUGGGAAGCAAGGAUGAAUCUAUACAGAGAUCUACUUCGGUGUUUGUGGACAUGAUUUUGGAUUUGGCGUCUGGAGAAAAUGCCAUCUCUAAACGAGAAGGAUUACUAUUAUUAUCAAUUUGUGUGAAAUGCAAACCAAGCAUCUUUGGACAGGAUCAAUUAGUUGCACUUCAACCAAUAAUCACUGAUGAGUCACAGAUCGGUGAACUAUCCUAUGUUUAUGCUCUCAGAACCAUGAAGUAUGCUCUCCCCAGUAUCGAUUCAUUGAGACCAGAUUUUAUCGAUUCCUUUCAAAAAUUUUUAAUACAGAGACUCGGGAAAUUUUCAAUUGGACAACUACAUGAAGUCAUUCCUUGUUUAUGGAGACUUGGUCAAAUCAAUUCGAAUACACAGAAGUUGGCAAAGGCUGCUAUAUCCACCAUGAAACAUGUAUACCCUUACAUUGAGGCAAGACCGUUUAAGGACAACGUUAAGGUGGCUAAAUUACUAUCACUAUUGGGCUGUUUUGGUAAAUAUUGUGAUUUUCUGCCGGAGAGAAAUUUGUUUGCCCAUGCCAGUUUAGGAUUGAAGUACAAAGAGACUGUCACAAGUCUAAUACUUAAAUACAUUCUUUUCUUUACAGAUAAGGGAUUGGAGCAAAAUCGUCGUCUGGCUAUUGGUAACUUGAUUUCACUAUGCUCGACUCAUACAAACUUGUUAACUACUAUGCCUGUGUUGACGACAUUGGAUAGAGUCAUGAAUACUGGGAAUGAGAAAAUGAUACUGUCGAUGCUUCAGGGAUUAAUUAACUUCUUGCAAGAGAAAGAUUCCGAGGUUCAGAAAAAUGUUGGCUACUCUGAGAAAAGUUCAACAAGCAACAAAUUAGAUGUUAAUGUAUUUCAUGGGAAGCAUAAUAGUGCGGAUGGGGUUUGCGCGUCAAUCGUGCAAAGAUAUUUGGAUAAAGUAUUGAAAUUAUGUUUAAAACCGGAUCUAAAAUUAUUCUAUUUGCCUAUCCAAUUUAUAGAAUUGGUCCUUGAAUUAGGUUACGCCAAUCCUAAAAUCUGUGUUCCUACAAUCAUAGCAUUAGAAUCUUCUCAAGAUACCAAAACCAAGAAUACAGCAUUAAGAAUCCAUACCGAUUUGUUUGAAAAGCAUGAAUCAUUGGUUGAGACCAGUUACGAUGAAGGAAUACGUCUUGCGUUUGAGUUGAAUAAGGGCAGUUUUCAGGGUCAAUCAGAUUUUUUGAAUUCUAUGUACAGCAUAGUACUGUCUUCCCAUACGUCAAGAAAGAAAUUGGUGAAAGCUAUAUCAAGAACUCUCAGGCUAAAUUUACAUUAUCCAACGCCACAACUGCAGGAUUCUUUAAUGUUUUUGGAAUUCUGGGCCCAAAAUGUAGCUCAAAUUCAACUAAAGAGUGUUGAAGAAGUUUUGAUGUUGUUACAUGAGAUGUAUGUGAUACUUUCUGGACCAAGAAUGGAUUUUAUUCUUGAAAUUGAGAAUAGUAAUGUGCCUCCUUCCCCGUCCCACUAUCGAACUGCCUUAUCUAUGCGAAUUGUUCUCGAAGCGUACAGGUUCCUUUCUAUUAAGUAUAACAUUUCGCAAACACAAGUUGAGGGAUUUGGUUAUCAUUCUUUAGAAGAGAUUCGACAAGCGCCGAAAACUGUCAAAGAUAUCAGAAUCAAUAUAGACUGGAUAGUUGCAAAUACUGGGGCCGUGACCCAAGAGUCAUUUGAGAGAUGUAAACUGGAACUAAGCCAACUUAUCUAG